AUGCCUUUUGCAACUCCGAUUAAGACGUCGGCGGGAAUUACUCUGCCAGUCGAUCUCAAGGAAGCCUCUGUGGAGACGGCAUCGAUGACCACCGCAAUUGUUGCGCAUACCUUACGCGGUAUGGACUGUAUGAGCUAUAAGAUAAGCACAGGAUUUGCCGUCGGAAGCAACAAAAAGCUUGACCUCGCGUCGAAUAAAUGGUGGCUGCUUAUAUCCUUUGAUACACCCAAGAACGCCAAACCAACCUGGGAAGAAGAUAUAAUACGUGACCUGAUGAACAGGCUGGGUCUACCAGUUUCUGAGGCCAUUCCACCCAGUGACCGUGAUAGUGCCCUAUUGCAAGCUCAAAACGGCGAGCAGUCCAGUCGCAUGGCGAGAAUCAGGUCAAAGAUCCGGACUAUGCAGCAGACAUCCCGCCUCAACAGUCUGAAAUCCCGUCUGGACAGCCUGACGCUUCAUCAUGAAAAGACAGUCAGGGUGUACGACGAUAUACCUUUCCUUCUUAGUUAUGGGGCGCAUGAUGCAGAUUUUGCUAUCUACGACGAAUUAUGCCGUCAUCUGCAGGCGGGUGGUGAGACCAGACUCUGUGGUUUCGCCUUUACACUGAGGGAGCUCCAAACCUGGGAUAAGAUAGACGAGAGACUAGAUCAAUUUUCCCCAUCAUUCUGUAUUGUUGCUUUGAAUGUUGCGAUACUUGCUCCUUACUCAGACCAUUCUUGUUCCAAGGCGGAUGGAGGAAGCCGAUUUCUCAAUCCCGGUAAACUCUCACUUCAUAUAACCAGUUCCAUUGCCAUGCAAAAUCAGUAG